CAGACUAAAAAGAGAAAACAUGUUGAAAUUUUUGGUUCUUCUUUCGGUAGCCGCUUGUGCCGUGGCUGGUACCGUACCCGAGGGUCUGAUUCCUCAGUUGGAUGGACGCAUUGUUGGCGGCUACGAGACGAGCAUUGAUGAUCAUCCCUACCAAGUGUCAUUGCAGCGCAGUGGAUCUCACUUCUGUGGGGGUUCGAUCUACUCGCACGACAUUGUGAUCACCGCUGCCCACUGUCUGCAGUCAAUCUCCGCUGAGCAACUGAAGGUGCGUGUGGGAACAACUUACUGGCGUUCAGGUGGCAGCGUGCACUCGGUGCGUGCCUUCAGAAACCAUGAGGGUUACAAUUCCAGAACCAUGAUCAACGACAUUGCCAUCAUUCGCAUUGAAUCUUCCUUGAGCUUCCGUUCUACCAUCCGGGCUAUUAGCAUCGCUGAUUCUAAUCCUCGCAACGGCGCUGAGGCUGUCGUCUCUGGCUGGGGCACUACUGCUUCUGGUAGCAGCGAUAUUCCUGACCAUUUGCUGGCUGUCAACUUGAGAAUCGUCGAUCGUGAGGAAUGCGCUUCUCGGGACUUCAGCUACGGCAGCAAGAUCAAGGAUACCAUGAUCUGCGCCUACGCCGAACAUAAGGAUGCUUGCCAGGGUGAUUCUGGCGGCCCAUUGGUCUCUGGCAACCGUCUUGUUGGUGUUGUGUCCUGGGGCCAUGGCUGCGCUGACACCAGAUACCCUGGUGUCUACGCUGACGUUGCCCAUUUCCACUCAUGGAUCGAGGAUACCGCACGUGAUAUCUAAGCACCGUCACCAGCCCUUGAAAUAAUUUCAUUAAAUUGCAAUGUAAACAA